AUGCUGCAAAGCCUCCCCUGCGAGAUCAUCCGAGAUAUCCUCGGCAGAUUACCCGUCAAGUCACUCCUCAGACUGAAAGCCGUUUCGAAGUGGUUGAAAGCCGCCAUCUCCUCCGAUCCCGACUUCCUCCGUCUGCAACUCCGACGAUCGAAGCUGCAGAAGCUCUUCUACCGACGGGAAAAGGACGGCAAAGGCGUCAGCGCCACCUUCCCACGUUUCCACCUCUUCCGGGCGGCGGACCAGGGAUUCCAACUCGCGGCGGACUAUGAUCUCGGAUGCCCCGGCAGCCAGUGCUGCACCUACGUCGCGUUCGACUGCGAUGGCUUGCUCCUCAUGGCCAGCCAUUGCGCUUCGGUCUUGAUCUUGUGGAACCCGACCACUCGAGAGGAGAUGAUGCUUGACCUACCGAGCGAGUUUGCCGCCCUUGGUCCGCGAUUCUGUUAUGGUCUCUGUUACGAUCCGGUCACCAUGAGCGGCCUCAAGGCUGUGGUUAUCUCCGACGAUGACAACCACUAUGCGGUCUACUCAUUCGGGAGCCGGUCUUGGUCGGAGACCAUAGGGAUCCCACCUGAUUUGCGCGGGUAUAGCUUUUGGAAGGGGACAUUUGCGGAUGGUGCUGUGUUUUGGGUCGUGCAGAGAAGAGCUGAGUUUAAGGAUGGUAAAAUUGUUUGCUUUAAUGAGGUUAAGGAUUGUAAAAUUGUUUGCUUUGAUCCGAGGGAUGAUGAGGGAAGUCUGUGUGUUGUACCAUGGCCGGAGAACGUGAAGGAGGACUGGAAGGUUGACCUGGUUUCUUUGGAUGGUUGUUUGUGUUUGUUCUGUGUGGAUGGGGAUUGUCUACGCAUCUGGAUGAAGGAAAAGGGUGUGCAGGGGGUUUCUUGGAGUGAGCUGAUGGUGGUGGAGAACAUUGGGAAACUUGGGCCUGUAAAGUUGCUCAGUCCCGUGUGUUUCGUCGGGAAGAAUGAUACUGAUUUAUUGCUGAAAUUGGGAGUUGACGCUGUCCCGAAGUAUGUGGUCCCGAGUGAUGCUGCUUUAUUGCGGAAAUCAAAAGUUCGGCCUUUAACGAAGUAUGUGGUGUAUAGCCCUCGGAAGAAGGAGUUUCGUGAAUUCCAAGACACUCUUUGGUGCAAUUACUGGAGCCCAUGCCUGCAAUCUCUGAUGUUCCCUGAAAAGGGGGAAAAGUAA